ACUAUUGUUUCUUGGUGCUCUCAUGACAGCGCCGAAGAAGGUAUUUAAUCUAAAAAACGGGAAACAUUAGUCUAGUGGCAGACAGUGAGACAGUACAUAUUCGUCAUGUCUAGGGAAGAAAUUCGAACGAAAUUUAGAAGUAUUGAAUAUGAAGGGCGGUUUGUUUUUGGAGGGGACUUUGCACUGUUAAAAGAUUUUUUAUCUAAAAAGGAUUCUACAUUGUGGGUGCCCUUACAACUUUUAGAUGCUUUGUUACGGGGUUUUGGACAAGCAACCUGUGCAAAUAAUCCCAUAAGUGGAUUGUUGGUAGUUAUUGCUUUAGGAGUUGCUUCACCAGGAUUGUUAGUUUUGAGUAUUGCUACGGGUCUUCUCGGAUUACUACUAUCUAUAUUAAUACGAGAACCAUCUGAAAGUGUUGAAAAUGGUCUCACUGUUUUUAAUCCUUUACUCGUUGGAGCUUUAGCUUAUGCCUUUGUUCCAAAAAUGUAUGGCCCUUUCGAUGCCUUCAGUUUAUUACUGUUAUUUUUCAGUACAAUAUUUAGUGUUUAUUUAACGAGAUCUGCAGGAAGUGGAAAAUUGCCAAGUUUAACAUUUCCAUAUGUUGUGGUUGAAUUAAUGUUAUUAUUUAUACUAAAAGAGCAUAACGGCGGGUUUCAAUACAUAGAGACAUCCAUGCAAAAUAUAACAAUUAACAAUGGUACGAGGAGCGUGACAAUGGACGACACAAGCACUAUUGUUGGAAAAGGGGAUGCUGUCAGCCCAGACUGGGGAAUGAUUUUUCGCGGUGUUGUGACUUCAGCAUCCCAGGUGUACGGGGUGGAUGAUGUAGCUCUUGGCUCAGUCGUCUACCUUGCUCUUAUAAUCUAUUCACCGAUUACGACCGCAUUUUCCUUCGCUGGCGCCCUUAUCGGCUCUCUCUUAGGUUUGGAACUCGAUAUAUCGUACGAGAUUAUAUAUUCAGGUGUUUGGGGAUUUAAUGGUCUUUUAACUGGUGCAGCAUUGGGAGGAAAUUUCUUAAUAAUUAAUAAACAUGCAAGCAUCGCGACUGUCGUGGCGAUUGCCUUUACCACCAUUCUUCAGUAUAUUAUCUACAUUAUUUUGAAUAAGUACCAACUCCCAUAUCUUUCUAUGCCUUUUGUUAUAUCAACAUGGUUAUUUUUGUGCUUGGCAAAAUCCAGAGAAGAUACGUUUAUUUUUUCGUCAAUUCAAUCCUACCCGGAAAAACAGAAGUAUGAAUUUCUGCAUCGACAGAGAAUGGGCAGGAUGAGAGAGGUUGAUGACGAGUCAGAAACGUUUUAAGAAGAUAGAAAAGCCACAUCGAUUAGUCAUCUACAAAG